UUAUUUGUCUAAACACGACAACACACUUUGCGUGGAGUGUAAUAACAUUAAAGAUAAUGGUCCUUGAAAAGUCUCUGUUCCUAAUUUGUCACUUUGGAAAACAGAAUUAUCUCUUAAAAUCUAUGAAUACUCAUUUUUGAUUAACUCUAAAUCUAUUCCUCUCAAGAGAAAUCAAAGAAAUGUCAUCAAUAGCUUCUGGUACAGCUCCAACAACAAAAUCCGCCGUUUGUUUCAGAAAAUCACCCAAGUCUGCAACUUUUUCAGUACAGUUUGAUCGAUCAGCUUCUUCUUCCUCUUCUCUGCGAAUGUUAUCAUCGUUAUCUUGUUUUUCAUCAGCUAAUUCUGCAAAACUACUCAACUCUAACGAUGGUUCCGUAGUUUCUUCUUCUCCUAAAUCCUUCAGACCCGUUAUGCAAUGGCAAGACGUCACCAGGGUAAAGAUGGAAGUGGAUGCACCAGCUGCCGUGGCUUACAAGUUAUACGCAGAUCGUGAAUCGUUCCCAAAGUGGAUGCCGUUUUUGUCAUCUGUUGAGGCUAUGGAGGGUAGUCCAGACCUAUCGCGUUACUUGGUAAAACUCGAGUCUUUUGGACAAAAUAUUGAAUACUAUUUUCUCGCAAAAAAUUUACAGCCAAUUCCAGAUAGAAAGCUACAUUGGAGAUCUAUAGAAGGCUUUGAAAAUAGAGGCAGUGUUCGAUUUUUCCCAAAAGGUCCUGCCUCGUGCUUAGUAGAGAUUAAUUUUUCAUUUGAAGUUCCACAUGCUUUUGCUCCAGUUGCAUUUGCAAUGAAACCGUUUAUGGAGAAGCUUAUUCGUGGAGGAUUGGAACGUUUUGCUGCGUUUGUCAAGACCAUUUAAGGCAAAGAGAAGAGCCCAUCAAGAAAUCAUUACUUCUUUUGCUUUAGCCAAAUAAACGAUUUGUUUUCUUUUGGAUAUGAUUAUGAAACGUCCAACCAUGUAAUGUAAUGUAAUGUUGUUCAUAUUAAUUUACUGAAAAGUAAAUAUUCUAUUGUCAA